CCACACAGAAGCACCAUGGUCGCCGCUCCGUCUUCCGCCGUCCUCGAGACCCCGUCCAAGGUGGCCGCCGCCCAGCUCGACCAGCUCGACCUCACCAAGCCGGCCUCGUCCCUCUCGGCGACGCUCGCCGCCGCCAAGCAGGCCGCGUCCGAGUCGCCCGCCGCCCUGCGCAAGGAGCGCAAGUCGGCCAAGCUCGUCGACGACCGCAAGGCGACCGACGGCCGCGACCGCUUCGUUGGCAACCCCGCCAUCACCUGCGACGCCGACGAGCCCAUCCUCAAGGAGUCCGGCAGCCGCUUUGUCCUGUUCCCCAUCCAGUACCACGAGAUCUGGGGCCAGUACAAGCGCGCCGAGGCCUCGUUCUGGACUGCCGAGGAGGUCGACCUGUCCAAGGACCUGAACCACUGGGACACCAAGCUCAAGGACGACGAGAAGUUCUUCAUCUCGCACGUCCUCGCCUUCUUUGCCGCGUCCGACGGCAUCGUCAACGAGAACCUCCUCGAGAGGUUUGCCGGCGAGGUCCAGAUCGCAGAGGCGCGCUGCUUCUACGGCUUCCAGAUCAUGAUGGAGAACAUCCACUCCGAGGUCUACUCGCUCCUCAUCGACUCGUACGUCCGCGAGCCGGAAGAGCGCAACAAGCUCUUCAAGGCCAUCGAGACGAUCCCCUGCAUCGCCAAGAAGGCCGAGUGGGCCCUGCGCUGGAUCUCGGACGACAAGUCGGUGUUCGGCGAGCGCCUCGUCGCGUUUGCCGCCGUCGAGGGCAUCUUCUUCUCGGGCUCGUUCGCCUCGAUCUUCUGGCUCAAGAAGCGCGGCCUCAUGCCCGGCCUCACCUUCUCCAACGAGCUCAUCUCGCGCGACGAGGGCCUCCACACCGACUUUGCGUGCCUCCUCUUCUCGCACCUCGAGCGCCGCCCGCACCCGGACACGGUUGAGCGCAUCAUCCGCGAGGCGGUCGAGAUCGAGCAGGAGUUCCUCACCGACGCCCUCCCGGUCCGCCUCAUCGGCAUGAACGCCGAGCUCAUGUGCCAGUACAUCGAGUUUGUCGCCGACCGCCUCCUCGUGUCGCUCGGCAACCCCAAGGUCUACAACAAGGAGAACCCGUUCGACUUUAUGGACAUGAUCUCGAUGGAGGGCAAGACCAACUUCUUCGAGAAGCGAGUGUCGGACUACAGCAAGGCCGGUGUGAUGUCCAAGCAGAACGCGACUGAGGCUGGCACGGACACGGCCAAGGGUUCGCUCUUCUCGCUCGACGAGGACUUCUGAGCGUCGUCGUCGUCGUCGGCCUCUCGAUACCCCUUUUCCCCCUCGCCCUCCCCUCCUCCUGUCCGAUUAGACCGUCACCUUCCCUGGCUCUCUCGUGUUUGCCACAGUAUCACGCCCCGCACCCUGCCUGUCCCCCCCUCUGUCGUUUAUCCAGUCGGACCUCGUCGUCGUUGUCGUCGUCGAGCCUCGUCGGCGCCGCUUUCUUACCUUCUUCCUUAUGCUGUCAAUACGAGCGCUUAGGUGUUAUGCCUCGUACUCUC